ACAUAACAAACCCAUGGUUAAAUGUCGCUGGGCGAACUUGUUGUAAGAGACAAAAAAAACACGAAAUAAGGAAAUGAUCGGUGUUUAUUUUAAAUAAUUCAGCCCGUUUCCCUUCCUCCCCAUUUCAAGACACGUUGAAAGUAUUUAUGCAUUAAUGGAGUGACAGUCAUGGAUUACGAUUUUAAAACGAAACUAGCGGCAGAGCGAGAGAAAGUAGAAGAUCUGUUUGAAUAUGAAGGUUGCAAAGUGGGUCGUGGUACCUACGGUCAUGUUUACAAAGCUAAAAGAAAAGAUGGGAAUGAUGAGAAAGAGUAUGCUCUCAAACAGAUUGAAGGCACUGGCAUUUCCAUGUCUGCGUGCAGAGAGAUUGCAUUGUUGCGAGAGCUGAAGCAUCCCAAUGUGAUUGCUUUGCAAAAGGUGUUCCUUUCACACAGUGACAGAAAGGUCUGGCUCCUGUUUGAUUAUGCAGAACAUGAUUUAUGGCAUAUUAUCAAGUUCCAUCGUGCCUCAAAAGCAAAUAAAAAGCCAGUACAGCUUCCAAGGGGAAUGGUCAAAUCAUUGCUUUAUCAAAUACUUGAUGGAAUUCAUUAUCUCCAUGCAAAUUGGGUUCUUCACAGGGAUUUGAAACCCGCAAACAUCCUAGUGAUGGGGGAAGGACCAGAACGAGGACGUGUAAAAAUAGCGGACAUGGGUUUUGCCAGACUGUUUAAUUCUCCACUAAAGCCUUUGGCUGAUUUGGAUCCAGUAGUAGUAACAUUUUGGUAUCGUGCGCCGGAGUUACUGCUUGGAGCCAGACAUUAUACAAAAGCAAUUGAUAUCUGGGCAAUUGGAUGCAUUUUUGCAGAACUUUUAACAUCAGAACCCAUUUUUCAUUGUCGCCAGGAAGAUAUCAAAACAAGUAAUCCCUUUCACCAUGAUCAAUUGGAUCGUAUUUUCAGUGUUAUGGGAUUUCCGGCUGAUAAAGACUGGGAAGACAUCCGCAAGAUGCCUGAAUACCCAACUCUGCAGAAAGACUUCAGGAGAACAACCUAUGCUAACAGCAGCCUUAUUAAAUAUAUGGAGAAACACAAAGUCAAGCCUGACAGUAAAGUAUUUCUUCUGCUGCAAAAACUCCUGACUAUGGAUCCAACGAAAAGGAUCACUUCUGAGCAAGCUCUUCAGGAUCCAUACUUCUUGGAAGAGCCUUUACCAACUACAGAUGUCUUUGCAGGUUACCAGAUUCCAUAUCCUAAGCGGGAAUUUCUAAACGAAGAUGAGCCAGAAGAGAAAGGUGAAAAGAAUCAACAGCAAACCCAGCAACACCAGCAGCAGACAGGACAGAAUCAACAGCAGCAAGCACCCCAACAACAAAACAGCACACAGACAAAUGGGACAGCUGCUGGAGGAGGAGGUGGUGGAGGAGCACCGGGUGGAGGCCUACAGCAUAACCAGGACAGCAGUCUCAAUCAGGGACCUCCAAACAAGAAACCUCGCAUAGGCACAUCAGCUACAACCUCUGGUGGCUCUGCCAUGCCAACUGAUUACCAACACUCUGGCACACGUCUGGGUUACCAAAGCAAUGUACAGGGUUCUUCCCAAUCCCAGAACGCUACAGGAUAUUCAUCUUCAACUCAGCAGAGCUCACAGUAUUCACACCAGUCCCACAGGUACUGAUCAGCACUGCUGACAGAAAGGACUUCAAAGGAAAGCCUUCAGCAAUAUUAUGGUAUAUGGUUCCAAUGAGAGGAACCUAAUGAAUAUGACUGACGCAUGUAAAAUUUAUUGUAUUCAGAAAUAUAAACUGGCAUUAUUUAGCAAAAAACAUUGUUCAUUUAAUAAUGUUUUGACUGUCUGGAAGUUUUCAAAUACCAAUGCCACUGAGAAGGUUCCAGUCAAGGCCAUUUCUCUGAAG